CAGUUCAACGAAAGAAGCUCGCGAGUGCGGAGCGAGUAACGGUAAACGCCAGCUUGAAACUAACGGUCCAUCGCAGCAUAGUGUAGUGUAGUGUGUUUUAGUGCCGUGCAGCCUAGUGUUCUCAAGUGGAGUGCAGACGGGGGUUGCAAGCAAAAAGCCCAUAAAAUACUAACGCAAAUAGGCGUAGAAAGAAAAAAUAUUUAACACAAGUGUGUCGGCUCAGUGUUUUUGUGGUGCGAAAAUCUCACGAAAUAGGAAAAAAGAAAACAAGAGGAAAAAUCCAAUAAAAAAGUGGCCCGCUGAGCAUUCAGCCUCACAUUAAGAAAAAGCUGGAGAAACAACGUCAACAGCCAACUGGGGAAUAACAAAAGCCCGCGCGUCCGAAAAACCAAAACUAAAGUACGAAACGAAAAAGAAAAACAGGCGCGGAAAGUUGUUCGCUAAAUAAAGGAUUUUCCACCCAGCUGGAAAGUGCUGAGCGGAGAGUGUCACUAAUUGAAUGUCUAUUGCUGCCCGGACAACUCGUAAUUGAAUGGGAGUUUGAAGCGCGAGGAACUCAGAGGGAAAGCCAGCUUAGCUGCUACAUAAGUCAGAAUGUUUGAGCGUCGAUUAGUUCAGAUUGGUGGCAGUUGAAGCACUAAGAAGGGAGAGCACAGCAACGUCCUUCCCGCCCACUCGCACGCCCCUUUUCGGUCGGUGGGCCAGUGUGUGUGUGCGCGUGUGUGUGUUAGCCAGAGUGGUGCGUCAGUGUGUGUGCGAUAGGUGCCCGCGUUGGUGGUGGUUAGCAUGCAAAUCAACGGUCUAGCUGCCGGACCCACGAUGGCAGCCUCCGAGCCACCAGAGCCGCCGCCGCGCAACCCGGACCGCAUAAAUGCCUCGCUGCACAAGCUGGGUGAAUCCAAAAUCGCCAAAUCCCUGGACACUUCGGUGACGACGGGUCUGAAGGAGAAAUCGGCUUCCGUGAACAACAACAAGCCCAUAAGACCGCUGUUAUCGCUGGACAGCUCGGUGACGGCUUCGACAUCCUCGGGGGUCGCAGGAGCAGGAGCAACAGGAGUCGCAGGAUCGGGAUCGGGGGGCGGAGGAGCCCCAGCCAAGCCGGCGCCUCUGGUGCUGACCUCCAAGCGAGACCUCACGCCCAGCAACGACAGCAGCUCCUCGCCGUCCAGUUCGAAUGGCAGCAACCAGACGCUCACCCCACCCAUGACCGCUGAUAGCCAGCAGUUGCAGCACCUCCAGCACAGGAGUCCCUCGUAUCCCGGCAAGGGGGACACCUUGCCCCCGGCAGCGGGAGUGCCCCACCAGCAGCAGCAGCAAUUGCCGAAUGGCACCGGCAGCAGCCACUGCAACAGCAACAUCAACAGCAGCAGCACUUGCAACUCCGGCAACGCCAUGAUCCAUGCGAAUAACUCGAAUUUAAUUGCCGCAGGUCACUUGGCCCAGGCAGCCGGCCCAGCCCACAACGCCCCCUCCAGCGGCAGUACACUCAACGCCGUCGACAAACGAAAUGCCAACCUAUCGGAGCCGGAUCAGGAGCCGCCCUCGAAACCGAAACUGAAUGUAAAUCCGGGUCUGAGCCCAUCGGUGGCCCUGGGGGCCCCGCACUCCCCCACAUCCGCCGCCUCGGCGGCCUUGCUCCUCCUCGAGUCCUGCGAUGGCAAUCGCAACGACGAGUCAAGGUUCCAUCACCUGCAUUCCGCCAACGCUCCUCCCCGCCCAGAAGCUGCCAUGAAGCUGCGCGAGGAGAACGAUCGCCUAAAUGCCGAACUGCUCCGGCUGAGGCGACUGCUCGAGCUCUCUACAGAUGGAGCAGUGGGUGGAGUGGACACCACUACCGAAAUGGAGGCAGUGGCCAACUCAUCCGCCGAGGGAACGGCUGCCAAGGAGCGCAUCGAACGCCUGGAAUCGGAGCUCAGGUCGGUGAAGAACCAGCUCUUGACCAUGCGGCUGGAGCGGAAGAAGCUGCGGACGGACAAGUCCGAUCUUCUGGGUCAGGUGAAACAGCUGUGCGCCUCGCUGCAGGAAAAGGAGCAGGAGCUGCGUGAUUUCAUAAGGAACUAUCAGGAGCGGGUGCGGGAGACGGAGACGACGAAUGCCAAGAUCUCCGGGGACCGGGAUCGGGAGCGUUUCCAGCUGCUCAAGCAGGCCCGUGAUGAGGCGGAGCGAUCGCUGGCCCUGGCCCAACAGCUUUCGGCCAGGGAUCUGCAGCUUCAGAGGCUGCAGGAGCAGCUCCAGGAGGCCCGCCGCCAGUUGACAGGCUGUCUCUCGGACCAGGAGAGCCUCCACUCCUUUGCCCCACUGACUCCUCCAUCGGCUGCCUCGGGAAUGCUCAGCCAGAUGGCCGCCGCCUCGGGAAUGGGCGGUGGAUUGGCCGGGAUGCGAGGUACCGCCGAGGACAGUGGGCGUGGCAACUCGCUGUCCGCCUUCAGUGGCAGCUUGAGUGGCGGAUCAGGGGCCACGGCCGGGGAUCGCAACUCCUGCUCCAAUGACUCAGGACUGAGGAACAGCAGCGAUCGGGAGAGCACCGGCGGAGAACUGAACUUUAGCGAUGGCACCUGCGACAACGGACCCUGCAUCACGGUCGAUCCGGACAGCAUCUCACUCGUGUCCAGCCAGAACAUGUACCAAUUUGGCACGCCCAAGGAACGCAGCCCCACAUUGUCUCCCCUCAACUCGGCUGCCUACUCAAGAUCCGUGGAGCAGUUGGGCUCACCUGUGGACCCCGAAGGACCAGGAGGUGGUGCUAUCAGUAGAAAGUUUGCCAGCGCCAGCAAAAGUGGACCACUGGGCGCUCGGAAUGGACGUGGCGGAACUUGGGGAAGUAUAUCAAGGGUUUUUGCCCGCUCCCGGAAUAAGAGCAAGGCCCUAUCCGCCGAUGGAGUGACUGAAUAUGCCGACUACUCGUGGAACCCCCUGACAGAGGAGGGCUACGCCGAGAAGCUGCGCCUGCUGCGGGAGGCCUCCCAGCUGCCCAUCGACCGCUGGCGGGCCAGCCAGGUGCUCGCCUGGCUGGAGGUGGCCCUGGGAAUGCCCCAGUACAGCGCCAGGUGCGCCGAGAACGUGAAGAGCGGCAAGGUGCUGCUGGAGCUGAACGACGUGGAGCUGGAGGCGGGCCUGGGCCUCGCCCACCCGAUGCACCGCAAGAAGCUGCGGCUGGCCAUCGAGGAGCAGCGGCGGCCGGAGAUGGUCCGCUACCCGCUGAUCACGCAGCUGGGCCACACCUGGGUGGCCACCGAGUGGCUGCCGGACAUUGGACUGCCCCAGUACGCGGAGCCCUUCGUGCAGUCCCUUGUCGACGCCCGGAUGCUGGACACGCUCUCCAAGAAGGAGCUCGAGAAGUUCCUGGGCGUCACGCGGAAGUUCCACCAGGCCAGCAUUGUUCACGGCAUCCACGUGUUGCGCAUUGUGAAGUACGACCGCCAGACGCUGGCCAUGAGACGGGUGCAAUCGGAGACGGUGGACACGGACCCCAUUGUGUGGACGAACCAGCGCUUCAUCCGCUGGGUGCGAUCCAUCGACCUGGGCGAGUACGCCGACAAUCUGAAGGAUAGCGGCGUGCACGGCGGCCUUGUGGUACUGGAACCAUCAUUCUCCGGCGACACCAUGGCCACCGCCCUGGGCAUUCCCCCCUCGAAGAACAUAAUACGGCGACAUCUCAACACGGAAUUCGAUGCCCUCAUUUUGCCCGCACGAUACCUUAUUUACUGUCAAAUGGAAGAAUUUCAAAUGGAAGCCUCCAGACAAUUGGCCAAAUUGCAGGGCCACUAAAUAAUCCGCACGAACCAAAGAACAAGAUAACGAAAACGAAUUAUAAUCAAAAAUCGAACGGGAUUCAUAUUGAUUUGUUUAGCCAAGCUGAUGAAGAUGAUACGAUAAUAACUAUAGGGAGAGAACAAUAACUGGAGCAGAGCGCUAGUAUUUCAUCAUUACGAAUAGUUGAUAGAUUCACCCCAGAAUAGUCGAGCAUUCGAUCCGUAGCAGUACAUGUAAUCAUACCACAAUAUUAUUAAGUGCUUUAGGCAUCGAACUAGGAACGCACACAAGAACAGAAAAAAAAACCAGUGUCCAAGCUUUGCAUAUCCGAUAUCGAUAUUAUAACGAUACACUCCCCGAGGAGCGCUUAACGUUGCAUUUACUCAGAUUGAUAUAGAUGUCAAGCAUUUAAUGUAGUAGAUCCGUAUAAUUAGGGCUUCUUGUCAAUGUAAUGUAAGGAAGGGAUAUAGUAUUUCAGAUAUUAACAAUUGUUACGCCUAAGAUAGAGCAUUGCGAAUGCCAACACACACCCUUCCACACGAGCGUCUUUCGUCACUAGGCCGGAACACCCAAGUUCUCUGUGAUACAGGAGCUGUUUUCAGAGCUCGGUUAGACAGCCACCAAACGCACAAUGGAACCUAAAAGACCAAUUACAUAACCACACACUCGCACACGAGUCCAUGAACACAUACACAUCUACAUUUCCGUGGUUAGAUGAUAUAGUCAAUGUUUUGGUGUUGCAUACUGUGAAGCGUUUUGAAUGAGUUUUGCCCUGCGGUAUUGAGUCAUGCUCUUGCGAAUCUCUACAAUAUAUUGUUUUCCACUGUUUUCGGUGCUUCAAAGUGUGCUCUCAAUUGUUUUAUUUUGAUUGACAUGGUUUGCUUAUGGUUGCGUAUAGCUGCGCAAAAUAAUUUGUUGCAUACUUUUUAGCACUUAAAAAUGUUGAUUUUGUGACUCUAGAGAUUUGACCGCAGGGUAACACCCCUAAGUUAAUUUCCUUAAGAAGUCGUUAAUUUGGUUUUGCAAUUUUGCAACUACAGUGUCAAUUGUAAGUAAAACUUGCUUACUAAGUAGCCUAUCUCUCUCUAUUUCUCACACACCCACACACUCAAAAACAUACGCAGACACUCGAAAACAAGUUCUAUGUAUGUGUUAUCAAUGUUUUUAAGUAGCUUGAACUAGUCUUACCGUUGUCAUCUUACUAAGUACCACUGCAUACAAAUACCUUAUCGAUACUAUGUGUGAUUGGAAUUCUAAGGCUUACAAAAUCAAAAAGAUACAAAUAUAUUAUGGCUGCUGGUUUCGUGUCUGUUAGCAAUGCUAUCCUUACUUUACUUUUAAAGUUACUUUUCCUUUCCUUACUAUUUUUUCGGGGGUUUUACGCUCACCAUAGAUCUUUGAUUUCCUUGUUGUUUUACGCUACGUGUAGUUAAAUACGAAACAAAUUAAACGUAACUCUCCAAACAUUGAUUAACCAGAUUCUUUCGUCUUUGUCCCGUUUCUUUUUCCAUCUUUCCUAUAUAUUUGAUCCACUCUCUUUUGCUUUCACAUCCGUAUGUUUGCUCUUCAAUUUCGUAAUUUGGUAAUCGAAUCGACGGCUUGUUGUUGUUGCUAACUCUGCUUGAUUGUCUAACACGAUUACCAACACAACGACAACAUAACCGACAACAACUCAACAACAACUCAACAACAACCAAUCAACAACUACUCAACAACACCCCAAUGAAACCACCUUCUGUGUGUGUAUGUGUGCCUGCCUUGCCUGCUCUCUCGCUCUCUCUCUCUCUCUCUGUCUCUGUCUCUAUAUCGCUAUCUCUGCCGCUCUGCCUGACCGCCCGCACUCCAUACUCCGAAUUCCGAAUCCGAAUUCCAAUCUCCAAAACUCAACACUCCCGUCAUCUGCCGUCUGUGUCCUGUCUUUAAUGUGCUGCCUGCCUGCCUGCCUAUGAAAACCGAAUAUACAUGCACACCCCACCCAUCUACAACAUGAUAUAUCUAUACGCCCCCCAAAAAACAACCCACUCACGACCACACACAUACACACGCAUACGACCUAUGCAAAAAUUCGCAAAUCGAAAUUGCCAUGUUUGUU